AUGCUCCGUACGCUAAAGCCCAAGCCAGCAGUGCUUUCAGAUGGCAUUCCGCUCGUCACACCACAAACACCCAGCUCGCUCAUAAAUAGGAGAGACCCAGCCUCAAAUUUGGGACCCAUAUCCAAGAAAAUUCAUCUCCUCCCCCGCAACCAACGCACUAUACGCAAGCUCAACAAGAUCAAAGCCUCCAGUACAAAGCCUCGAGCGUCAACUAAAAAGGGGCUAGAAUCUUCAAGCACUGGGGGUACUACGGCGAAUACUUACACGUUCGAGCUCUCGCAACAGGAGAGUGUGGUUGCUACACCUUGGUCCACCUUUUACUCUGCCACGAAUGAACUGGUCACCACGGAUUCUAAGACUAAUGGUAAUACCGAGACGAAGGAAUAG